AUGAUUUAUGGCCAGGUUGUAUGGAGGCUAUUAAUUGCAGGUUUGCAGGUAAUCGAUAGAGGUGGCAGGCGAGCGUGGAUCACGAGGCGCGGUCCGAGCGCUGGCCGCGCCGGUGUGCGUGACGGAUCAUGGCGGCGCGGGGGGCGCGCGCCCCGCCGCCACAGUUAAACGCGCCCGCCGGAUACGCGCCGCGCCGCGGUUGAAAGCUAUCCGGCCCCCCGGGCUGGCAGACGCCCAAUCGCGGCCCACGACCGGCCCGCCCCUGGCGGGCGAGUCUCGGGUCGCUCGGCCGCGGCGCGCACACUCGCUCCGAUGCGCGGCUCGUGGGACGAGGCCGCGACGGCGGCGCUGCACGCGCGCAUCCUGGAGGCGCACCGCGGGCCCGCCGCGCCCGAGCGCGCUGCCGAGCCCGCCGCUUGCGCUGAGCCGGCUCCUCAGCAGCUCAGCGUAGAACUGGCGGCACCUACUCCUCUACUGCCACUGCCCACGCUUUCCUUCAGCGCCGCACAAGUUGCUACCGUGUGUGAGACGCUCGAGGAGAGUGGCGACGUGGAGCGGCUGGCAAGAUUCCUCUGGUCUCUGCCAGUGGCUCACCCCAAUGUUGCUGAACUGGAGCGCUGUGAAGCAGUGCUUCGAGCGCGAGCUGUAGUCGCCUUCCACGCCGGGAGACACCGUGAACUUUACUCAAUUCUGGAGCGACAUCGGUUUCAACGUUCAAGUCACGCCAAGCUGCAGGCUUUAUGGCUUGAAGCUCACUACCAAGAGGCAGAGAGGCUACGUGGACGACCACUUGGACCCGUGGAUAAAUAUCGCGUGCGAAAGAAGUUCCCACUGCCUCGCACUAUCUGGGAUGGAGAACAGAAGACACACUGCUUCAAGGAGCGCACGCGUUCACUUCUUCGAGAGUGGUACCUACAGGACCCCUACCCAAAUCCAACCAAGAAGCGUGAACUGGCUGCUGCCACGGGUCUGACGCCGACGCAAGUGGGGAACUGGUUCAAAAACCGGAGACAACGAGAUCGAGCCGCUGCCGCUAAGAACCGCUCCGCGCUGCUCGGCCAGGGUUUCGCCUCCUCCUCCACGUACGACGAGGAUUCGGUGGACUCGGAGAUCAACGUGGACGAGGAAUAAAGUUACAGACUAUAGUGUUAAACAGCGACGCCGUCGGCGUGGACGCUCAGUGACUGACGAUGCAAUAUAGACGACAGUUAUGUAUGUUAGUUAGCGCGCAGAGUCCGUGAUGCAUGUGAUGAUAAGGCAUUGUAACCCAGUUAUUAGGGCGUAUUUGUAUCGUAACAAGUGUAAGCGAGUGCUCGAAGUAUCAGCAUCGGCGUAUCUCAGGUAUGUACCGGCCCCGGCCUCCGCCUCGACUGCACUGAUAACUCACUCGUUGUUAAGGUUUGACAGGGUUAAUUUUACGUAUAAUUUCGUGUUUAAACUCCCACUCAGAACGUUAGCUAAUUUAUUUGAUACCUUCGCGCGGCUGCGGUCGAUAUGGAUGCGUUUCCGUGAGAAGCAUUUACUUACCUAAAUAUUUAUACAUCCUAACUAUUUUACCAGUAAAUAUAGAUUUUAUUUAUCAUAUCAGCUUUUAGUUGUAUGUUAUAGUUAUUAUUAAAAAUGUAGAUAAUUACGUUCGUGGCGUAGAUGUAAAAUAUCGCUAUUAUGAAGGUUUGUACCUGAGCACGAUCACUCCGCGACACCCGUUGUCUAGUGAUAUUAUCUCAUAUUCAUUGUAAUUAAAUAUAUCUAUCAUACAUUAUUUAUUCUAUAAAGACGGCAAUUAUUUGUUCAUGAAAUGAUAAUAAUAGAAUGCUGUAAGAGAGUUUCUUUAUCGCUUAAAAGUGAAUAUGUAUUUUUUUAAAUAUAGGCCUAACUACUGAGCUGCAAUACCUAAUGCAUUUGUCUUCACAAAUUUAAAUCAAAGCAUUAGCACAAAAAUAAACUGCUAAAUUAAAAAAAACGCAAGUAUCAAAACCUUUUUGUCUAAUAUUUAAUGAAUUUUAAAAUUAUCAGUAUUUUUUUUAAAUAUUGCUACGUUAAUCCGCAUGCGGUAAAAUAAAAAUAUAGGUACUUUAUUUUGAUGUUCUUCAGCUAUGAAAAAUAGACCUAUGAUUUCUUUUGUAGGUAAUGAAAUAAUAGAUAUUCCCGUUGACAAAAUUACAUACUUGGGUAAUACUUAGAUCUUCUUUCUUCUCCAAUCGAAAUCUUUUGUAGGCACAUUCCAUAGACAAAUAUUUUGUUUCAUAGUAUUCAUUUUUUAAAUUAGGAUUUUAUUUUAGAAAUUGGAUCUGCCAAGCUAUUUUUUUUUUAUUUUACUAAGAAGAAAAUUUCUUCUUAUUUAAAAGAUAUGGUCUUAGAGAAGACUACACACACAGUUAUGGUUUAAAAGAUUAAACUAUCCAUUUAUUUCAUUAGGUACCUGAUUUUUCUGUCACAAUGAAAUAUCGGGAGGUAAAAAAGGGGAUAUCUAACUUACAGAGUUUCAUACCUAUUUCAGAAUAAUUAAAUUUUUUUCUCGUCAUUAUUCUUAUUAUCGAAGGAAUAUUUUCAAAAAUCGUUUUUGUGACUUCUACUUACCGAAAAUAACUAAUCUUGUUAAAUAAUGCAAAAUUUUGGGAUCCUUGUGAAAAUUGAUGGACUGAAAUGAUAAGGUACGCCAAUUAAAUUAUAUAAUGAAAUGAAGUGAUGUUUGAAAUGAAAUGACAUUUAUUUCUGCAAAUAGGUUACAAAGUAACACUUUUACACGUCAAUUUUUAAAUAAAAGAAUAUAAUAAAACUUAUUCUCGUUUCCCAAACAAAUUUUAACGGUUACAGAUUACAGUUCAGUGUCGUAAAUAUUUAUUCUCAUUCAAUAUUCUAUAUUUAUCGAUUCCAAUUACGUUUGUCCACAUUCGAAUAGAUGAAUACACUACAUAAAUGUGAAUAUCCUUUUGUUUUAGCCAUUUCGAAUAAUCAAGUAUCGAUUCAACCUGUCGUGUUGUGCUCGGCUUGUCCUUAAUCCAUCAUUUGUUGCAUUCAGAUGUCAGGCUGCGUUAUAAUAUCGGCGAUAAAUCUUAUAACGUCUGAUUGAAAUGGAACGCAACGGUUAGGUACUUAUAUUCUGUGGCUUUACCGUUCUUAUUUUGACGUUUCCGUACUUUUUUAAAUGUAAGUCUCGGUAAAGAUAAUUGAAGUUUAAUAAUCGAACCGUUUUGAUACUUGAAAUAAUUAUUUAUCUACAUUAUUUUAAGGAAGUCAAAAUAUGUAAUAAAAUAGAUAGAUUCUUAAGGAGGCACUUUUGUAGGUUUUGUUUUCGAUUAUUUUAUCAUAAUUCUGUUCUCAAUUCAUCAAAAGGAUAUUUUAUACGAUGCGGUACAACUUUACCAAUUUUGUAUUGUAACUUUAAGCUUUCAAGUUAUAUAACAAGUAGAUAUAUUUAGCCAUCAAAUUUAUUUUCUAAAGUCAAAAGUCAACAGCCAAUUUCUAAUUUGGAAAUCAAACAUCUAAAUGACCUAACAAGUAUUCUAGGAAAAAUUUGAAGUGUGUAGCAAAAAAAAAUCUCGCUACAUUAAUUGCACUUAGGCAUUGUUCGACUGUCAUUGUGUCAAUCAAACCUUUGUUCUACAUCGUAUCUAUGGUUAAGAGGCGAAGGAGUGAAACACCCACGUUGAAUCGAAAUCGAAUAGAUUUGUAACGGUCGAGUUUUGAAUUCGGAAUAUCGUUAUUUUGUGAAUUUAAAAAAUGAAUUUUGAUUUUUAUUUCGGAUGAUUAAUGCUUUGAUCGAGCAGUUGCAAUAAGGGUCCCGUGUCCGAUUCCCGCCUUGCGUAAAAUGUUGUUGAGAUUUUUGAUUUCUUAUCAGUCAGUUGGUGAUAGCUCGGAUUCUGAAUUAUACCCGGUGUACUUACCUAACUAUUAGUGAAAAGAGUACUUUGGCAAAACAUUUAAGGAAUUUAUUGUAGGUAUUAUUUGAAAAAAUAAGCGUUAUGAUUUUUAUGUAGGUAUUUACUAAAAUAUUAAAGCCUUGUUGACGAUAUUACGAGAAGUACCUUACUAAAUUUUAAAUAUAGAACUCUUUGGAAUGUUCAAUGAAUUCGAAAUAAGAAAAAAUGUCAUCCGUUGUUUUUUCGAGGUUUGCUGCAGUUUCAUUGUUUGGUGUAAAUAUUUCUUGGUGCUAAUUUUAAUUGCAAGCAGGUCAUUUCGUAUCAUUAAUUUGUUUUACGUUUUCUACAACUUGCGAGUUCUCAGUACAAAUGCAUUAUUUAUUGUAUCUUUGUGUAAAAAUGCGAUUGUUUUUAGUUUAAUAUCGAAGAUAGAGGCUGUUACAU